AUGCAAGCAAUGUUUUCUAUCAAAGAUAAUUCUAUAUCCAAUGAUUGUUGGUUUGCAUUCAUAUGUGACAUUUAUUGGGAUCUUUUGGAUUAUUCAAUUUGUAUUAAUUAUAGUGUUUUUAGUGGAUGUCGUGAAAUUAUUGAACGUGAAUGUCCAGAUAUGAUGUUUAUUCCAUCUAUUCCAGUUUUAUUUGGUGAUAUUUAUUUUGCUUAUAAAAAAAAUCAUUCAUAA